CAUCAUUCCCGCUCUCUCCCCUUCCCUUCUCUCCCAUCAGCAUCAGCUGCUGGCCGUCGUAAUCCCCCCAUCUUCCCCUUCCCGCUCCCCUCGCCAGCCACUUCUUGUCUCUCCUUCCGUCCCCCAAUUACAGACAUUUGUCGCUGCCUUCUUCACUGUAAAGUCGUGUCUUUGUCCGAGCCCGAGAGACGCAGGUUUCCGUCAUUUCGGCCCGUGGCAGCAAGUUCCUGCUGCUCCCGCCCACCGCCAGUCUCUCCUGUCCGUCUGCACCACCGACUGGCCGCUCACCGCAAGCCGGCAAGCGAGCAUCCGACCGAUCGAGCCGCAUACCUGGGCCGAUGUUGCCGCGUCGGCCGACGUCACCCAGAUGUCGCCCUAUUGAACCUCAACCCGAUUCCGGCUCCGCCUGGUUGUACCCAAGAUGAUGCGGCGGCCACCCGGCCCCGUCGCCCAGCAGCGCAACAACAAGCUAUUCCUCGCCUUCGCCGUCCUCCUCAUCCCGUUCCUCCUCGUUGAAGCUCAGCAGCAGCAGCAACAGCAGCAACACCAACUCGAAAACAAGGUCGUCGAGAGCGACCACCUCCGCGUCGGCAAACACGCCCCAAUCCCCGACCACCACCUCGCCGGCAAGGCCAGCCGCAGCGAUGAAUACCCCCACCGCCGCCAUGAGUCUCCGCUCGAGGCCGAGCGUGCGGUCCGCCAGAAUGCCGGCGCCACCGUCACCCGCGGCGCUAUAGAAACCCCCGUCGUGAAGCGGAGGAGCACCACCUCGACGCCCGAGGACAGCAACGGCCACACCGAGAGUGGGUCCACCAAGAAGAACCGAUACUAUGAAGAUAUUAUUAUUCCCCAAGACGAGAGCGCCCUCGCUACUUUAGCUCCGGACUUGUUGUCCGUUCGAGCACCAGCCACCAGAAGACACGGCCCCACCUCCAUCGGAGCUGGGCUCGUCUCGCCGCAUACUGCGCGGUCUCUGGCCGACUGGGAAGUCGAAGAUUUCGUAAUCAUGGCGACCGUCGACGGAGACCUUUAUGCCUGCAACCGCCACACCGGCCGUGAGCUUUGGCACCACAAACUCGAACGCCCCAUGGUCGAUAUCGUCCAUCACCGGGCCAAUGUGUCGGUCCUCGAUGACGACUACUCGCCCAUCGACCACUACAUCUGGAUCGUUGAGCCUACUCUCGACGGUCGCCUCUACUUUUACAUCCCGAAUACCGGGCUGGUAGCCUCGGGCUUAACCAUCAAGGAGCUCGUAGAGAAGUCGCCCCACGGCACCGAGCAGCCGGCCGUCUUCUACGCCGGCAAGAAGGAGUCUUCCAUGUUCAAGAUCGACGUGACCACGGGCAGAUCUAUUCAGUAUUUCGGCUCAACCGAGAACCAAGUCGUCUCGGUCGACAGCUGCAUGCGACCAAACAACUUCAUGGUCGAUGUCGACGGCGGCGAAGAGUGUGGUAACAGCGGCACCAUCGCCAUUGGCCGUGCCGACUACACCAUCGGCAUCAGCAAUGCUGCCGGGCGGCCCAUUGCCACCAUCAAGUUCUGGGAGUGGACACCCAACAACUACGACCACGACCUCAUAUCCCAAUACCGUGUCACCCUGGAUAACCAGUAUAUCGUGACAGGCGCCAAGGGAGCUGUCUGGGGAUUCGACCGUGAGCGAGCCUUGGGCCAUCAGCACAAAUUCAAGCAUACCUUCCGCUCGUCAGUCGCUCGCGUCUUCGACGUACUUCGCCCUGCUGGAGCGCCCCCCGGGAGCAGCCCGGAUCUUAAGGUCAUCCCGCAGCCCCCGAUUCCCUCCAUCAACGACGCCGAGGCCCACAGCAGGACAAACAUGGUAUUUCUCAAUCGCACCCUGGGUGGCGGCUGGUACGCUCUUGGCGGCGUCUCGUAUCCCUUGCUGGACGUUGCCGAUGAGGCUGUGGCGAACAAGCACCGUUCCAGCAUCAACCAAGACCUGUGGGAGAAGCUCGAUAGCGACCAGCUCGCCAAGUUGCUUGUCGGCAAGCACAGUCUCAACCGCCAUGACUCUCAACCAUACCCCGGCCAUGGCUUGCCAAAACCGACGCUGCCAAGCCUUCCAGAUGGCAGUAUCCCUCACGGCGCCAUGGAAGAGCCAGAGAACAGCUCGACGGCGCCUCACGUUCCUGGCGUGCCGCUCGAGGAGACCCUCAUGAUCGCAAAGGUCAAGGGCCUGCCCCAAACUGUGGCGGGACUCACUUGGGACUUUUUGAGCAACCCCAUCUUCAUCAUCAUGCUCAUUAGCGGCAUCUUCUACAAGCAUCACGACCUGAGGAGAUACUACAACGACCGCAAGGCCAAAUGGGUAGACCGUGCCGAAGACGCCUCCUCUGAGGCAGGAGACAAGGCAGACCACGCGGAAGAUUUGACCGUUAAACCAAUCGUAUCACCCGUCAACACCGACGCUGACCCCAUCAAGUCAACCGAUGCGAUUCAGUCUUCUCCCAUUUUGGCAGUUGCCGAUGGCGAUGGAGCAUCUUCCCAGCCCAAAACAGGGAUAGACCAGCCGGCCAAGCCUCUGGAAACCUCUGAGGGCACCGGCGAUUCCGGUAGUGCCGAUGGCCCCAGCGUGCGAGUUGCCACCCCCAUCGAGUCUAGUGCCCAGUCGGCUUCAGAAACUUCGAAUGAGGUCAGUCCAGAGCCCGAGAAGAAGAAGAAAGCCCAUAGAGGUCGACGCGCUGGUGCAAAACAUCGCAAAAAGAAGCGUGAAGGGUCUGUCUCGAGAGAUGACGAGCCGGCCAUUGUCUCGGUCAACGAGAUUGUCGACCAGGCAAAGAAGCUCGGAGAGCAGCAGCUACGACUGGAGCCCGACAUCCACACCGUUAUCAAUGACGUCCAGGACCUGACCGGUCCCAUCUACAGGAUGGGCAGCCUCGAGGUCAACGAAGACCAGCAGCUGGGCACAGGCAGCAACGGGACCGUCGUGUUUGCGGGUCGGUGGGACGGGCGUGACGUAGCCGUCAAGCGGAUGCUCAUCCAGUUCUACGACAUUGCUUCUCAAGAGACUCGUCUGCUCAGAGAAAGCGAUGACCAUCCAAACGUCAUCAGAUACUACGCCCAACAGCAGCGUGCUGCUUUCCUCUACAUCGCCCUCGAGCUGUGCCAGGCAUCACUGGCUGACGUCAUUGAGAAGCCCAUGUACUUCCGCGACCUGGCUCAGGCGGGAGAGCGAGAUCUCCCCAACGUGCUGUAUCAGAUUACCAACGGCUUGAGCCAUCUGCACUCUCUCCGCAUUGUCCACCGCGACCUCAAGCCGCAGAACAUCCUGGUCAACAUGAGCAAGGACGGUAAACCACGCUUGCUUGUAUCGGACUUUGGCCUCUGCAAGAAGCUCGAGGGAGGCCAGAGCUCUUUCGGGGCUACGACAGCUCACGCCGCCGGCACCACUGGCUGGAGAGCUCCCGAGCUGCUUCUCGACGACGAUGCGCGGGACAACCUCACUGCCAAUCAGGCCACCAUGAUCGAUUCCAGCUCUACGCACAGCGGUUCCGGAAGCGCCCUGGGUGGCACCGAGGCACCCAAUCGCCGGGCCACGCGCGCCAUUGACAUCUUCAGCCUCGGCCUUGUCUUCUUCUAUGUCCUCACCAAGGGAUCCCACCCAUACGACAAGGGCGACCGGUACAUGCGCGAGGUCAACAUUCGCAAAGGCUCCUUCGACCUCGGCAAACUCGAUGUCCUUGGCGACUACGCUCAAGAGGCGCGUGAUGUGGUCGAGCGUAUGCUCAGCUUUGAGCCUUCGGACCGCCCGACGGCCAAGGACGUCAUGAAGCAUCCGUUCUUUUGGUCUGCCAAGAAGCGGCUGGCGUUCCUGUGUGAUGUGUCGGACCACUUUGAGAAGGAGCAGAGAGACCCGCCGUCGUAUGCCCUCCAGGUUUUGGAGGAUGCGGCGCCACAUGUGAUCCGGAGCGGCGACUUCCUUCGUCAACUCCCGCGGGACUUUGUCGACUCGCUCGGCCGCCAGCGCAAGUACACGGGUUCGCGUAUGCUGGACCUGCUGCGCGCUCUGCGGAACAAGAGGAACCACUACGAGGACAUGCCCGACUCGCUCAAGAAGGUCGUUGGGUCGCUGCCCGAGGGCUACCUGUCCUUCUGGACCACGCGGUUCGAGAACCUUCUCAUAGUUUGCUGGGGCGUCGUGCGGAAGGUUGGGUGGGAAGAGACGGACAGGUUCAGAGACUACUACGAAGUUGCCGGGUUGUAGGGAUAGCAAGGCUGCUUGGCUGAAUUCCAUUUGACUUAUAGUGUGCCCUUUCAUCUGCUUCAGAGGACCUGGUAUCGCUAUCGUUGGUUGGCUUGGUCUGUUUCCGGAAAAUAUACAACUCCAUUGUCCCGAUA